AUGCCCUCCAGCUUCGUGGGACUUGACACGAAUAUGUUUGAAGAGCCAUUCGUCACGUUCAACAGCUCCCCGCACCUACUCGAUCUUGUCGGAGCGACUAUCUUAGUCGAUGCAGCGGACUUUAUCGGCAUUCAUCAUGCAGGACGUGCACUUGCCGAGGACUUCAGCCGAGUGACGAGAGGAAAGGCCAGUCCCUUCAAGCCUGUCAAUGCCCAGGCAGGCUCAAAUAGCAUUGAAUCGACCAUCAUCAUCGGAUCACUCGCCAGUCCCUUGAUUAAACAACUAGAGAAGGCGAGAAAAAUAGACAUCAGCGCAAUUCGAGGGAAAUGGGAAACGUUUAUAACCACUGUGGUAGACAAUCCACUGAAGGGCUGUGGAAAAGCUCUGGUCAUUGCUGGCAGUGACAAGCGAGCAACCAUCUAUGGCGCAUACACAUUAUCCAGUCAAAUUGGAGUGUCUCCGUGGUAUUGGUGGGCCGAUAUCCCUGCCAACUUUCACUCGAAUAUCUACGCUCUUCCCAUCCAAACAUCCAAUGGCGAACCCAGCAUCCAAUAUCGUGGCAUAUUCAUUAAUGACGAAGCACCUGCUCUGACCGGUUGGGUACUAGAGAAUUUUGGAAGCUAUAAUUCGGAGUUCUACAAGAAGGUCUACGAGCUUCUCUUGCGUCUAAAGGCAAAUUUCAUGUGGCCAGCAAUGUGGCCCGGGUACCCCAAUCCCGGCGCAGUUUUCUUCCUCGACGAUCCAGAUAAUCAUCGCAUUGCUGAUGAGUACGGUAUAUGUGUGUCAACGUCGCACCAUGAGCCUAUGCAAAGGGCAUCUACAGAGUGGUUCGAAGAGGGACAUACGGAUGGGUCCUGGAACUGGCUGACCCACCGUGACGAGAUUACGGAUUUCUUCCGCAAGGGAGUUCAUCGCGCGAAGGGCCUCGAGGGAUGUUUUACUCUUGGGAUGCGUGGCGAAUAUGAUAAGGAAAUGGCAACAGAUGAUCCUGGUGCCGUGGUACGCGACGUCUUGCGGCAACAGCGAGCACUUUUCAAGGAAGUCUAUGGCUGUGAGAAUGCCGUUCCCCAGGUUCUUGCGCUUUAUAAAGAAGUGCAGGAUUUGUAUCAGGCCGGCGAAUUCACAGUCCCUGAUGAUGUAACACUUCUAUUUGCAGAUGACAACUUUGGGUCUCUUCGAAGGUUGCCAUCAGGGGCCGAGAAGGAAAGGUCUGGAGGAGCAGGUAUUUAUUAUCACAUGGAGUAUGUCGGAGCUCCGACCAGCUGGAAGUGGACCAACUCCAACUCGUUGGGCAAAAUCUACCAUCAACUCCGAGAGGCGUAUGAUCGUCAAGCCCGCAAGAUCUGGGUUUUCAAUGUUGGCGAUAUCAAGCCUCUUGAGAUUCCUCUCACAUUCGCAAUGGAAAUGGCCUGGAAAAUCGACUCCGUUCAACCGGACAGCAUUCCUCGGUUCUUGAUGACCCUCGCAUCUCGCAGCUUUGGGUCGAGUGCGAGCCUAGAUAUUGCAUCUGCUUGGCACGAGUACGAUCGUCUUGUCAGCCUGCGCAAGCAUGAGCACAUCGAACCAGGCAUCUUUUCAUGUCUCCACUAUGUCGAAGCGGACAACAUAGUGACACGAUGGAAGAUUUUGGAGUCAAAAGUCGACCAAAUCUACCAGAAAGUAUCCGAGGAGCAAAGGCCAGGAUUUUGGGAGCUAGUAGUACACCCUGUAAAAGCCAGUUCAAUCUUCACGCAGCUUCGAGUUGUCCAGACUCGCAACCAGAUUUACGCACGCCAGAGACGAAACACCGCGAAUAGACUCCUCCGCGAGGCUUUGGACCUUUUUGAUACAGAUUUCAAGCUCUCUCAAGACUUUCACUCUCUCCUUGGAGGUAAAUGGAAUCAUAUCAUGUGCCAGCCGCACAUGGGCUACGGUGAUACCUGGCAUGCUCCAUCUCGCGAUGCUAUCUUCGGAUUGGCAUAUGUCCAGCGAGGACAAAAUAGCAAUCUGAUCGUGGGACAGAUGGGGGUCGCUGUGGAGGGUCAUGACGGGGUUCGACCGGGACGAAUCAAUGAAGAGAGUGAACGGACACAUUCCAGUCGAAGAGACCUUGUUCCGGGUUUAACCCUUGGCUCGAUAAGUCGGUAUGGGCCUGCCAAGCGAUGGUUUGACAUUUUUACGCGAGGAACCUCUACAAUUCACUGGACUGCUUCUGCGCCUCAUUCUUGGAUUAGGUUGUCAGCAAUAGAGGGCGCCCUUCACCCAGAUGGCGAUGAUGCUAGAGUUUGGAUCACUAUUGAUUGGGGCCAGAUCCCUAUUGACUUCGACGAUGAGAUUUUGAUCUCCAUUUCAUCCAAAGAAGGUGAUUUUGAACAUGUUCACCUACCAGUGCAUGGGCACAAAGUACCCCAUGCCUCGAAGCUCUUCGUCGAGGCUGAUGGCUGCUUGUCAAUCCCAGCCUCAGGGCUUGGCGUGCUAGAACCGUACCAACACCACCCUGACCUAGGCCGGUCAGACACAGGCUCAGUCACAAUCAGUAGCACUCUCUUGCAAGAGGAUCCUGUCCCAUUUCUUGAAUACCCCUUCCUCAUUUUCACAUCUAACACCUCAUCGGCCAUUACCAUGUACUUCAAUAUGACUCUCGAUAUUGACCCGGCAGACCCAAUGUCCUACGAUAUUUUAGUUGAUGAUCAUCCAAUUGAAAGACAUACACUGGUUUCGGAGUCGAAGGAGAAGAAAAAGCUCCCAGCUGAAGGAUGGUUGGAGGCGGUCAUGGAUUGCGUUUGGAAAAGAGAUCAUAUGGCUAGUCUCAGUCCUGGCAUGCAUAUUAUUCGGAUCCGGCUAAAUCACUCGAAUUUACUGCUCGAAAAAAUUGUCGUGGACCUUGGUGGCGUGAAAGAAAGCUAUCUUGGACCUCCAGCGAGCUUUGUUGCAAGCGACUGCUAG